AUGCGCGCAUGGGGACCACAAGCGUGCUACUGCGGAACACACGGUGCAACAAAAAGGCUAGGGUCUCAAAAAGCUAAAAAUAAAAGGUGCCAUAGAACCCACCGUGUCUCACAAGCUGACACUGCAAUAAAAAAAGAAAUUCGCCCUCCAUCACUCACUACGGCCGCGGCGUUAAUAAGAAAUAGUGACCCAAAUGUUCACACGCCAAAAAACACCAGAACCACUACUUCCAGCAAGCUUCCCGCACAACAAAAAAUCGGGCGCCGGGCCCCCGUAGCGCCGGCUCGGAAUCGUGGGGACAUCAGUGGGGAAGGCCGCGCCGCGAACCGGCCUCAAGGCAGCCUCCGCGGGUUCCCGGGCCUUCGUUUCAUAGGAGCUUCUGAGGCGAAUGAUCGCGGGAGAGCUGGCGAACUUAGUUAA